GGAAGUUUAGCUUUUGUUGUCACACUGGAAGAAAUUGGCUGCUGCUGUGAGUUUUUUUUUCAAUGAAGGCACUGAAAUAAUAUCUUGUUUCUUGCAUUGGAGUCACGAUCUAUAAUAAUGCAACUCGUAAGGGUUUGAAUGGUCGCUAUAUGGAGGUGACGGUGUGGGGCUAAGGACAGCUAAGUCUCCUGCUGACCAUCACUCACCCAAAUACCGGUUGGCAGACCACAAUGCAACACGUUUUGGAAUAUGCAUUGGAUCGGGCUGAGUACAUUGUUGAAAGUGCUCGUCAAAGGCCAGCGAAGAGGAGAGCCUCAUCCGGAGGGAAGAAGAGUUUAUACCAGAAACUAUACGAGCUCUACAUCGAAGAGUGUGACAAAGAACCAGAGCUCAAGAAGCUGCGUAGGAAUGUGAACCUGCUGGAGAAGCUAAUGUGUCAAGAGUCAGUGUCGAGUCUGGUCGUCAACCUCUACCCUGGCAACCAGGGAUACUCCCUCAUGCUCCGCGGCAAGAAUGGAUCUGACUCUGAGACGAUCCGUCUGCCGUAUGAGGAAGGCCAGCUGUUGGAGUACCUGGAUGCUGAGGAGCUUCCCCCUAUCCUGGUGGAUCUCUUAGAGAAGUCCCAGGUGAACAUCUUCCACUGUGGCUGUGUGGUAGCUGAGGUCCGAGACUACAGACAGUCUGGCAACACUAAGAUGCCCUCCUUCCAGAGCAGACACGUCCUGCUACGGCCCACCAUGCAGACACUGAUCUGUGACGUCCAUGCCAUGACCAGUGACCACCACAAAUGGACUCAGGAUGAUAAGUUCCAGUUGGAGAGCCAGUUACUGCUGGCCACAGCUGAUCCUCUGUGUCUGGAUCCAUCUAUCUCUGUCACCUGUACAGCCAACCACCUGCUCUAUAACAAGCAGAAGAUGAACACUCACUCUAUGAAACGUUGUUUUAAGCGUCACUCUCGGGCGGCGUUGAACCGUCAGCAGGAGCUGUCCUACCUGCCCAUGCCCCCCCAGCUGCGUCUCUAUGACUACCUGCAGAGGAGGAAGGAGAGGAAGCCGGCCCCCUCGAUAGACCUGAAGAUCUCCAAGGCCGGAAACUGUGUGGACAUGUGGAAGCAGAGCAACUGCCAGCUGACUGUCCCCAAGGAGAUUGAUGUGGAGAAAUACGCAGUGGUGGAGAAGUCUGUGAAGCUGGAGGAAUCUCAACCCACUGUAUGGCCUGCAGAGGAAGUGAUAGAUGACUAUACGUUUGAGUGUGAGGUUGGGGGUAAGACCCAGAGGACCAAGGUGUCCAUCUUCCAGUCGGUGGGCGACCCUCUGGUCUACGGAAAGAUCUACUGCGCCAAACAACCCAAAGUUGAGGAGGACAGCAGCGACCUUCAGCUCCUACACCCAUCUUUCCUAAUAGGCUCAAAGAUAGAUGCCAGUCGGUUCCUGUCCCAGUAUAAGGGUGUGUAUGAGUCAGACGUGAAGUGCCAGGUGAAGAUGUCUCAUAACUCAGGAUUCGUGGGACGGAACCGGCUCUCACCCAGCAGAGAGACAGAGGCGGAUGGUCUAUCAGCCUUGGUUCAGUCGUCGGGUGUGUUGGGGAAGGGGGUGAAGCACCGGCCUCCCCCUAUCAAACUACCCUCCGCGUCGGGCAGCAGCUCCACGGGUAACCUGUAUAGUUCAGCCCAGGCUACCAGUGGUCUCCUUAAGUGUCCUACGCCUCCCCCAGGAACAGGCCCCGGCUCAGCCAAGCCCCAGUCACUGAGUAGGAAGCACUCUGUGGAGCUGGGGCAGGGGUUACAGCUGGGCGGGCAGUUAGGACAGGUGGGGUUGUUGUCCCCGGUAGCCCUAUCUCCCAUGGGGACAACACAGAGAUCGGUGACCCCGAAACCCUCCACCCCCACCAGCACCCCCUGUUCCACCCCUCACCCCCCCGACUCCCUCCUCUCCCUCUGUCCCCUCCCGUCCUCUGUCACCCCAACCCCCCUGGAGCCCCAGGCCCUCCUGGCUCCGUACCCUCAGCAGCAGCAGCUGUCCCUGUCCCAGGCUUUGCCUGUUAUGACCAUCCCUCUUCCCACCAUGGGAACCUCCAUCACAACGGGGACCAGCUCCUCUCAGGUCAUGGCUAACCCUGCUGGACUCAACUUCAUCAACGUGGUGGGAUCUGUCUGCAGUCCCCAGACUCUGAUGAAUUCUAGUCAAAUGUUGGGUCCUGGUCUCAACCUGAGUGGUCUAGGAGGACUGAUGCCUACCAUGCAACCAACCACACAAACAGGGAGUCCAUUUGGUUUGAACACUAGUCCAGGCCUUAGACCCCUCAACCUGCUACAGAUCCCUACAGGUCCUCUGAUCUUUAACUCUCUGCAGCAGCAGCAGCUCUCCCAGUUCUCUCCUCAACAGAGUCAGUCUGCUACGUCCAGCCCACAGCAGCAAGGAGACAUGGGUGAUCAGGGGUCAGACCAGGGUAUGGGUGCUCAACAGACUGCUGUCAUCAACCUGACUGGAGUAGGAGGCUUUAAGUCCCCACAGACAGCAGUGCUGUCCCAGUUAGGCUGUGGUCUGGAUGGCUCUGGUCCCCCCCUGCCUUCUCCAAGGCUUCAGCAGCCGCAGAUACAAUUGCAAUUCUUGCACCAAAUGCAGCAGCAAAUGGCUAUGAGGGGGGCGGGGCCUCCGGGGGUGUCGCCACGGCUACAUACCGCCAGCCAACCAAGAAGUAAGAGGAAGAGGAGCACACCGCAGCCCCACCCCUAAUCAUGACGAUGACGACCCCCUACACACACACACUCAUAAAAUGACCCCCAGCCAUCUGGUGAGCAAUGCCAUGGCACCUCCCCAAAUCAUGGAGAGAAAACCAACCCCUUCCCCUUCAUGAAGACAUGAAUGAUCCAAACUGCACUCUCCUCCCUCACUGCGGAGACUCUUUUGCCUCCCAACUCCCUCACUGUGGAGACUCUCUUGCCUCCCAACUCCCUCACUGUGGAGACUCGGUUGCCUCCCAACUCCCUCACUGUGGAGACUCUCUUGCCCCCCAACUCCCUCACUGUGGAGACUCUCUUGCCUCCCAACUCCCUCACUGUGGAGACUCGGUUGCCUCCCAACUCCCUCACUGCGGAGACUCGGUUGCCUCCCAACUCCUUCACUGCGGAGACUUGGUUGCCUCCCAACUCCCUCACUGUGGAGACUCGGUUGCCUCCCAACUCCCUCACUGUGGAGACUCUCUUGCCUCCCAACUCCCUCACUGCGGAGACUCGGUUGCCUCCCAACUCCCUCACUGUGGAGACUCUCUUGCCCUCCAACUCCCUCACUGUGGAGACUCUUGCCUCCCAACUCCCUCACUGCGGAGACUCUCUUGCCUCCCAACUCCCUCACUGUGGAGACUCUCUUGCCUCCCAACUCCCUCACUGUGGAGACUCUUGCCUCCCAACUCCCUCACUGUGGAGACUCUCUUGCCCCCCAACUCCCUCACUGUGGAGACUACAGGCAAAAAAAUAGUUGUUAUUUUGUAGCGGAGAGAAGAUGGAAUGUAUGAUGUAAUAAUGGAUAACACUUUCUCACCCAGCACCAUAACACGUAAUGUCACGGUCAUAACACACAUAUAUACUUAGACCGGUUGUGACAUGUAUUGCGUUAUAUGGCUGUUGUGACACCUACGUAAGUGUCAAAACCUACCACACAAGGCAAAACAUUCCAUUGCACCGUAACCUACGUGUCAACAGUACAUUUGUUGUAA